AUGUCACAAGCAAGGCCUGGUGGAGUGUUCUCUGGCUUGCGCAUGGGUGAAGUGGUGCGUGAAAAGGUGCAGGAUGGCCUCACCGGUGAAACAAGAGAGAUGCAGUAUACUCAGUGCAAGAUUGUCGGCAAUGGUUCGUUUGGUGUAGUCUUCCAGACGAAGUUGUCGCCUAGCGGAGAAGAUGCUGCGAUCAAGCGGGUACUUCAAGACAAGCGAUUCAAGAAUCGAGAGCUGCAGAUAAUGCGGAUCGUACGACAUCCCAACAUUGUCGAGUUGAAGGCAUUCUACUAUUCGAACGGUGAACGGAAGGAUGAAGUCUACCUCAACUUGGUCCUCGAGUACGUCCCCGAGACCGUGUACAGAGCCUCUCGAUACUUCAACAAGAUGAAGACCACCAUGCCCAUCUUGGAAGUCAAACUCUACAUCUACCAGCUGUUCCGCUCGCUGGCCUACAUCCAUUCUCAAGGGAUCUGCCACCGGGACAUCAAGCCCCAGAACCUAUUGCUCGAUCCGGCAACCGGGGUGCUCAAGCUGUGCGAUUUUGGGAGUGCAAAGAUCUUGGUGGAAAAUGAGCCAAACGUCUCAUACAUUUGCUCUCGAUAUUACCGCGCCCCUGAGUUGAUUUUCGGCGCAACGAACUAUACCACCAAGAUCGAUGUUUGGUCCACUGGUUGCGUUAUGGCAGAGUUGAUGUUGGGUCAACCCCUUUUCCCCGGCGAGUCAGGCAUCGACCAACUUGUUGAGAUAAUCAAAGUUCUCGGCACGCCCACCAGAGAUCAGAUUCGCACCAUGAAUCCAAACUACAUGGAGCACAAGUUCCCUCAGAUCAAGCCUCAUCCUUUCAACAAAGUCUUCCGGAAAGCAUCCGCUGACGCGAUCGAUUUGAUUUCGGCACUCUUGGAGUACACGCCAACUCAGCGACUGUCCGCCAUUGAUGCGAUGUGUCAGCCAUUCUUUGACGAGUUGCGAGAUCCAAACACUCGUCUUCCGGAUUCGCGCCAUGCUGGUGGUGCUUCGCGCGAGCUUCCACCUCUCUUUGAUUUCUCUCGACACGAGCUUUCGAUUGCACCCCACCUCAACAGCAAGCUUGUCCCAUCGCAUGCGCGAUCCCUUCUAGCAUCUCGAGGGCUAGACUUGGACAACUUCACUCCAAUGACAAAGGACGAGAUGAUGGCACGACUUGAUUGA